UUCGUGCGGACCAGUGGCAUGUGCUCGUGCAAAAAAGGAUUACUCGCGAUGUUCACCACGUGGAUAUUCCUGGUCCUCGUUUACGAAACAGAUGCCAUGGGGGAGCUGACCAAGUGCGAGAAGGUCGAGACCGUGGCCGCCUGGAGGGACCACAACACCGUGGUGGUGACCUCGCUGAAGACGCUUUCCGGGACCUGGAUAUCUGAAGGAUGUGAAACCAGGCCCGGCCCCGAGUACGUCCUGCGGGCCUACACUUUUAACCCCGAGGGCACCUACAAUCUAAUCCAACACCAUUAUUGGGAUGAUUCUUGCUCUUCACCUAAGUUAACCGUAAUUUCUCACGGACGACUCAACUUACGCAACUCUUUGGUCCAACCAGAGGCCUCAAAUGGACUCGCCAAACCCACAAAUAUCACUGUUAUACCCCAAGACAGUGCUGCAGCUGAAGAAUUAAUUAAACUCGUAUCGCAAGAAUGUCCUGGCCAAUACUGGAAAUCAUGGCGCCGAAAUGUGGAACACUUGGUCUACGACCAUCGACAAGAACGCCGAGGGACCUUCAACUUAUGGUCACACUCCUACCAAGCCAUCACCAAUCACCACCCUCUCAACAAACCCGAGUUUCCUCAAAUUUCCGGCGAUGUUUCGUGUCUCGGGUCCCUCAAAUGGGCCUUCAACGAGCUCAAACUCCUCAAAAUCCAAUUUCGGCCUUUGUACAACUCCCGGAAGAGUUCGAAAAUAGUCGAAAUGGAGUUGUUACUGGGAGACAUUCAUUCGAAUAAGAAACGACGGGAGUUUUACUCCCCUACAAGCUUCCAACCCCCUUUGUUCAAACAAACAAAGGGUGAAAAUAUAACAGUGGCGAAACACCAGUUUUUGGUCAAAAACCCCAACACUUUGACUAAUCUGAUCACGAGUCAGAGUCCACCCCACUUGAUCGAAAAACCGCACCUCCCACCCUAUAUCUGGGGCGAUUGGGUGUCCACAAGGUGUGAAGUACGACCCUUGGACGUCUAUUUAUUGCGACACUUUACGUUCCAUGAAGAAGACCAUCGAUGGGUCGGCCACCAUAAAUUUUUCUCAGACCCCUUCUGCACCUACCCCAAAUUUAUAAUCACAGCCACGGGCCAUUUCACACUCGUGGGUCCAAGCGAAACCAUGAAAGGUGUCUCAGAUAUAGAUUUCCAAAUCGAGAGAGCCACUCUCACCGCGCUCGAUCAUCGAAUCAUCACUGAAAUGCGUUUACCGGGACUUUGCGGGCUGGGUGAGUGGAAAGUGAACGUUCCGAAGGAGUUGGCCACGACCAAUGGGUGUAUUUCCUUGGGGGUGUUUAUACCAUCGGUGAGAUUCGACGUUGUCAAAGUCGAAAUGGAUUACAAGGGGGCGUGGUUGUUGUUUUUGGGACAAGCCGAUACGAAUAAUUUGCCUCAGGAUGAAAGGCCAACUGCGUUUCAGUUGCCGAUGGUCAAGUGUGGGGAGAAGGUUUCGUUUACGGAGGAUUUGAGGGAGAGACUGGGAAGGGAAUUUUACUUUGGGGGUGGAAAUAGGCUUGGGGGCUGUUGUAUUGUUUUCGUAGUCGUCAGAUUGUUAUUUCUAUUUUUGUGAUGUUUGCGAAAAAAGUAAUAAGACAAUGUAAAAUAUUUUGAAAAAUAAAGAGAGAGAAAGAGAAAGUGAUAGAGAGGGAAGUAAGUGUGUAUUGUAUAUAAUGUAUGUUUGUAUAGCUUAUAACUGUUUAGUUUAGAUUUUUAUUACAUAAAUACUGUUGUAAUAGAGGGACAAUAUUACCAGUGAUAAAAAAAAAUAUUAUGUGUAUUUAUUUGUAAAAUAAAAAUAAAUUACAUGUUUUGAUUUUAAUUUAAAGACAUUUGUAUAUAAUAAACGAGUAAUUAUUUGUACAUAUAUUUAAUAAUCCAAAUAUGUGCCAUCAAUAUGAAAUUUAAAUAAAUACGAGUAGU